GCGCAGUGGCAUGGAGCUGAGCCUGCGCAGACUCAGAAGGCGCUCGCGGGGCAGGGUGCCGCGCAAUGGCGGGCACGGGCUUGGUAGCCGGGGAGGUGGUGGUGGAUGCGCUGCCGUACUUCGACCAAGGCUACGAGGCGCCCGGCGUGCGGGAAGCGGCUGCGGCCCUGGUGGAGGAGGAAACGCGCAGAUACCGACCUACCAAGAACUACCUGAGCUACCUGACAGCCCCGGAUUACUCUGCCUUUGAAACUGACAUAAUGAGAAAUGAGUUUGAAAGACUGGCCGCUCGACAGCCGAUUGAAUUACUCAGCAUGAAACGGUAUGAACUUCCAGCCCCCUCCUCGGGUCAAAAAAAUGACAUUACGGCCUGGCAGGAGUGUGUGAAUAACUCCAUGGCGCAGCUGGAGCAUCAGGCAGUCCGAAUUGAGAAUCUGGAGCUGAUGUCUCAGCAUGGCUGUAAUGCCUGGAAAGUAUAUAACGAAAAUCUCGUUCAUAUGAUUGAACAUGCACAGAAAGAGCUUCAGAAGUUACGGAAACAUAUUCAAGAUUUAAACUGGCAGCGAAAAAACAUGCAGCUCACCGCUGGCUCUAAAUUGAGAGAGAUGGAGUCAAAUUGGGUGUCCCUGGUGAGUAAGAACUAUGAGAUUGAACGGACAAUUGUACAGCUGGAGAAUGAGAUCUAUCAAAUCAAGCAGCAGCACGGGGAGGCAAACAAGGAAAACAUCCGCCAAGACUUCUGAAAGGAAGGGAAGCCGUCCCCACAAGACCUCAGGCAUGAGGACUUUCUCAGAGCAACUGUUGGUCAAGUGUAGAGACCAUGGACUGUGGACACUGUUGUACUGCUUCUGUGUGUGUCUUAGAAAAAUAAAGACUUUCCAACAUGUUGCUAUUUUCAUAGCUAUGAAAA